AUGCGCCUCCCCUCCCUCAUCUCCCUCCGCCGGCCCACCUCAGCCCCCCUCGAACCUGAAGAUAUCUUUGGCUCUUCCUUAGGCGGUAUCUUCACCGACGACUUGCAGAACCUGCACGGCGACGACCCCGAGACGGCCAUUUUAUACCGCAACGCGAAAUAUGGGGAGCUAGAAUUUAGGACGGCAGAUGUAAAUGGCGAAGAGCAGAGGAGGAAGUAUGCGCAUUACUUGUGGAAUGCGGGCGUGCUUGUUGGGGAAUUGGUAGGAGGGAGGGCAGGAGACAAGGAAGCGACAAAUGGUAUCGAGGAUAGCGGCGACGAGGACGGUUGGAAGUACGGGCAAUGGUGGCUUGACAGUGAAGAGGAGAAGCGGUGGAGUGCCGAGGGGGAGACAGUUUUGGAACUGGGUGCAGGCGUCGGACUAGGCGGGAUAGUGAGCGCAUUGGCGGGCGCGACAGAGGUUACCAUCACCGACUACCCCGCGCCUCCUAUACUCGACACGAUCAAGACGAACGUCGCAAAAAACAUCCGCGCACCUCUCACACCCCGCGUAACCGUCCAAGGCCACCUCUGGGGUUCUACCACUUCGCCCUUUGAAACCUCACACGCACACCGCUACACACGUAUCCUGGCUGCCGACUGCCUGUGGAUGCCCUGGGAGCAUGAGAAUCUCGCCAAGUCAAUGCUGCACUUCCUCGCAGACACGCCUGAUGCGCGCAUACUCUGUAUAGCAGGAUUCCACACCGGUCGUGCAAAGGUCGCGCCGUUCUUCGAGGAAGUGAUACCGCAGCAAGGGCUGGAGGUCGAGGAUAUAUACGAAAUGGAUGCGGAUGGGCAGCGGCGGCCGUGGGCAAAGGUGCGCGAUGGCGGGGCAGAGAACAUUGGCGAGCGGAAGAAGUGGCUCGUCCUGGCGCGGAUACGGCGUGCUACCCAGUAG